AUGCUCAACUCAAAGUUUGUUGCCAUAACUGAGGAAUACACUGCUGAAGAUGAUGAUGCGAAGAACCAAGCACAUUUGACAUCACAAGUACUUGAACAAACAGAAGAUAAAAAUCCAUUAAAAACAGAAAUUGAUGAAUUAAAAAGUCUCAACCUUGCUAUUCAAUACAAGGUGAUCGAUGCAGUAAAAGAACUCGAUCGCGCUUCAAACGCUCUAUCCUCUGGAAUUUUUUUAAACUAUCAAGUGAUGGAAAAUCUGCCCUUUGUCAGAUCAAGAAAUGCAGCGGAAAUAGAAGCAAACAAUCUUAAACGAAAGGCCAAUCAAAAAAGCAUACAAAAAUACAUGAAAAAAAGUGUGAGCAGGAUAGUCGCUCCAACAAACGUAAAAAAGCAGUUGGACAUUGCUGUUACAAUGUUCGUUAUACGCGAUUUGCAACCACUAUGCGUCGUUGAAGAUAGCGGAUUUGUUAAUAUAAUCAUGAAACUGGAUCCACGUUUUUCACUGCCAAGUCGGCGUCAUUUGCGGGAUGUUUUGACCACAAAAACCUAUGAAGGAACUGUAGAAAAUAUCUCUUAG